CAAGCAUGGCUGAAAGCUCUUCGACACCGGGGGUCAUGGGAUACAGUUCAAUGUCGUCCUAAUAAAUGACAAUGUUGUGAUCUUUUAAAUCAGUCAAUCAAUCAAGCGAUCAAAUAUUUUCUUUUAUCAUCUUCAUAGUUUAGUUCUCCAGUUCUCCUCGAGCUUAAGAGACCAUAAUACCACAGACACCUGGCUCGGGAUAGAAACAGUUCCUUGCAAUCAAACUACGCAGACAUAAUCAGGGCGGCAUCAUGAGAAGCCACUGUCAGUACACCUGUCUUUUGGUAGUACUGUGGAAGAAGAGCUACUGCUCAUGCAAUGCAAGUGACCUGACCAUUAUCGUGCCAUUUUCGUGCCCAAGUGAAGCACCAUUAAGCAUUCAUCCCCGAUAUUUUGCUAGGAAGGAUGCCAUCUGAAACCCACAAAUCAUGGCACCCCCAUGGCUGUUUCGUCCACGGCUCCUCACACGCAGUGUCACGCUUCACGCCCCACCCCGUACGUUCAUCGCCAUGUUGACACGCAUUUGAUGUUCACAGUAGUUAGGUAGCCCAUGCAGAUGGCUCCCGUUUCCAUGCCAUGCCCCAUGCAUUACCGAUGACUUGACUUCCUAUAUAAGAGAACAGUGUUACCAUGACCUCAACUGCACCGGUAAGUAACAAGUGGCGAGUGGUACUGUAACAUCACAUCACAGGGUGACGGUGUUCGGCCGAGCUGGUCGAUCGACACGGCGGCCAGCAUGAAGGCGUCCUGCUUCCUGGUGGUGCUUCUGCUCGCCGUGGCCACGGGGAGCAGGCUCUCGCUCGCCGCCCGCGAGGGCAGCACCCUGGGCGAGCUCAUCGCCAAGGCCGGCAGCUUCCUCACGUCGGCGGGCCGCGCGGGGGCGGACGGCUGGCGCUCCGCCGCGGCCGCGGAGGUGGACGCCUCGGCGAAGAAGGGGCACGGCCAUCCGGCGGGGGCGAAGAAGCGGCUGAAGAAGUCUUCCGUGAACUGCAUCCCCGCCGACAUGUGCCGGAGGAAGAAGGUGCUGUGCGGCAAGCGGUGCUACAAGACGUCGCACGCCGCCGCCGCCGCCGGCCUCAGCCACGUCCCCCCCACCCGGUGCGUCGUCAGGUGCAAGAAGUGCGUGCCCACCUGCUAGACCGUUCGUUGCUGUUCCUUCCCUUCCCUCUUCUGGGUUCCGUGUCGUGUCGUGUCGUCGUGGUCGAUCCAUGCAUGUUAGCUACAGUACAUUUGCUUUCCCUUCCAUAGGGUUCAUGCACCGGUUGAAUAAGCAGGCAAGCUUCCCGCCAUCAUGGUCGCAUGCAGUGUAGGUAGUGGAUGGGUUCUACGUACUCUAAAAGAAAUGUACCACGGUUGUGUGCCAAGUUUGAACGUGAUCUCGUCUCAUCUCA